CGCCCUCAUUUGUUCUCUAGCAAAUGACAUAACCCCAAAGCAGCAUGUUUUGCUUUGUGCCCCAAGAUCAAAGCCCCUGUGAUGCCACCGCAGCGUCGAUCAUGGGUUGGUUGUGCGAGGUGUAAGAGCUUUAAAAAGAAGUGCAGUGAAGAGAGACCCUCGUGUCAGAGAUGUCAGACUGCUGGGGUCAAGUGCGAAUACGGAGUCAAGCUCCGCUGGGGAGGGAGGCCGUUCAAUCGGUCACCGUUUGGGGAUUGUUUGUCACAGAAUGAAGGCAACGUUCAAAGACUAGAUCUAAACAAUAAAAACUUCAUAUAUGUUUCCCCUUCUACCCCCAGACCAGGCCCAUCAAAGGCUGUGUCGCCUCCUCCAGAUCAGAGCAUCGAUGAGCCAGAAUGGAUAACAACUUCUCCAGCAGAGGAACCUGAGUCUUCUCAACUUGUUGUCAGCCAACGGCAAAUGUCAAUGCCCCCUCUAACCCCAUCCGUUGAGUUCUUCGGUCACCUAUCACCCUUGCAUCGAUCAGGCCUGCAGUACUUCACCGAGAGGACCGUCAAAGUUCUUGCGCCACAUCCCCAGAUCUUUGACGAGUUAUGCGAACUCAUCUUGCCAAUGGCAGUCUUCAAUGAGCCUUUACUGCAGGGCAUCGUCGCGCUGGCGGCCACUCACCGACUUGCCACCUGCAAAACAAGCGAGGAGCAGUCCUCACAAGCGCUCAUUGUUGCUGGCUUUCAAGCUCUAAGUUCCAGAUCCCUUUGCCAGAAACUUUCAGAGUGUGAUGAAGAUCAACAACUCAUUCCAUUGCUGGCCACAUCGAGAGCACUCUUUGUUUGCGAAGUCUUCGCGAGCGAGCCAAGUCCGGAUCGAUGGAGCGUUCACUUCCGCGGAGCGCGCGGGCUCAUUUCUCGAAUACAAGACAAAGGUCUUUCUCAGAACCCGACGGAUGAAUUGAGAUUCUUACUACGAUGGUUCGACAUGACCGAAUCGCUGGUCUGUCUUUCGAUGAGUGAUCUCGCCCCAGAACAGCCGGCUAUCCCCUCACCAACAACCCUCGCAUCAGACACAGAUGACGAGCCUGUAUACAUCGAUAUGUAUCUUUCGCGUACAAAGGACCUCCUUGGGGUAUUCAAAGAGAUUGCACGACUAAUCCGAAUCAAAAAUGGUGGAACAACGUCAGAGACUUCGUUGCAAGGCGGGCAAGUUGAGGCUGAGGUCUGGUGGUUACUCAACUAUCUACAGUCCAUCAUCGACCGAGAUCAAGCGAACCCUCCGCCAGUCAUGUCAAUACGCGGUCGCGUUCUAUCUGUUGCCGAAGUCCACGAAUACCGCUUAUCAAAUCAGAUAUGGCAGCUCACCGGUCUGCUCCUCAUUCAUCGACGCUUACGCCAUGAGAGAAGAUCAUCUCCUCUCAUCCAAAACCUCGUCAAUCAGAUCCUCGAAUGUGCAGAGCGUCUGACGCUACGAGACGGACUCACGCCGGUCACCCUGCUCACUCCGCCCUUGUUCUUUGCGGGUUGUGACGCGCUUGGUGAUGAUAGGCCAAGGAUAAAGACUUCGUUACAGGGCGUCUCAACUGCUCUUGGACUUUUGAAUACGCAGCGAGCAUUGGAAAUACUUGAACAGUAUUGGAAAGCCGAUCCGGGUGUCGAUGACGAUCUAGCCGAUCGGUCGUGGCCUAGGAUCUGUCAAUUUUUACCGUACUAAUGCCAAUAUCUUUCAAAGAGAACAUUUUCGGAGACUCGACAACAUUCACGAGCACCUGAAAAAUGCCCAAGACAAAGCAUCUCUAUCUACUGAGCUGUGUGGCUUGCCAGCUGAUUGUGGUAAGCCUCAUUGCAAAUUCUUCAAGCAAGGGCCAACUACCCAGGUAACUCGAGUUCCUUCAUGCUCAUCACUGAAGAAGCCCGUCGCGCCACCAGCCUCCCUGAGCGGAAAUACCGACAUACCAUUUCAACUGUCUGGAUCUUUAUUCGUCUAGAUGACUGAAAGACUGGCCCAAAGUGGAAUCCAUUCCCGUUGCUACCCAUAUUUGCCUUCAGGUUUAAGGCGAUAAACCAUACCAAUCUCAAACUGCUGAAAAAUGCCAUGAGUACAUGGCCAUGCAAUGGCCUCGUUCUUUACGCCGUCGUAGCCUAUGCUUGGACCGUAGGCCUGAUCUUCCAACCGAUCAGGCUCCCUUCCAUGCUCUCAUGCACUUUACGGCAUUUCCCAUCCCCCAUGGAACGUUUAUUCAGCAGAGCCGAUUUCUCGACUCUCACAGACUCGUUCUACUUGGCACCUUAUGAUACACCUCGAACAAAUCGUGCCUGGCCCAUCUAUAGCAUGUCGUAUCCGCGGCUAAGUCACUGUGAUAUCGAGGAACGAGUCUCAUUGGCAAAGGUGGUCGAGUUGGUCAGUUGGGUUUCUCGUGCGAGGAUACACCAUAUUCUAGCCUCGAGGCCAAAGGCAGGCUGUAUCUUAGGUUCAAAAGCUGAGUUCUUGGUGCGUUUUUGAUGUUACUGGCAAACGGGUAGAACUUGCAGCAAUACUCCACGUAACCACCUGGUUUGUUUUAAAAUGGCAGCUUCUUCGAGCUUUGAUUAAAGCUCCUGCAUUUGAACAAUAUUGCACCACAACGGUCGUGAUGUCAACUCAGCCAGUACCAUGGCAUUCAAUCCUCCCAAUCAAUAGACAGCAAUACUAGCCUUGUCUGAAUAUUCGUGGAGGAUAGGACCUGAGAACCUGGAAAUUCUAUGUUCUUAUUCUUUGGGGAGGAGUCUUGAGACUCAUAAUACAGAAACUUUAGGUCAAAAUUUCAAUCCCAUGUAACUUUAAAACUCGAACUCCAAGAUACAAAGAAAAGGGCUCCGCAGGGGAAUUCCUCUUAACACCCAUGCAACAAC